CGUAUCGAAUCAGCUGGAAUUAAUAAAUGUUUCUGAUUGGGAAAAGAAGCUUUGCAAAAUUCAACAGGAUGUCCAUCCAAGCUGCCCUAAUAGAUCUCAGCGGCACUCUACACGUGGAGGAUGAGCCCACACCCAAUGCUGUUGAGGCCUUAAAGAGAUUACGCAGUUCCGGCGUAGCCGUCAAAUUUGUAACUAAUACUACCAAGGACUCCAAGGCAACGCUCCACGAACGACUCUGCAAAAUUGGCUUCCAGUUGGAUCAAUCGGAGAUAUACAGCUCCUUGAGUGCCGCCGUCGCGUAUGUGGAGAAGAGUAAGCUCAACCCAUAUUACCUUCUGUCAGAGGAUGCUCGUCAGGAUUUUCCGGCGGAGGAUACGAAUCGUUACCAGGACUCGGUAGUAAUUGGACUGGCGCCCAAAGCUUUCAACUAUGACUGUCUAAACAAGGCCUUCAAUGUUCUCCUGGAAAAUAAGAAUCACCAACUGGUGGCCAUACAUCAGGGCAAAUUCUACAAACGCAAUGAUGGCCUGGCUUUGGGACCAGGUUGCUUUGUCAAGGGCCUGGAAUUUGCCACUGGACGAUGCGCCAAGUUGAUUGGCAAGCCAAAUCCCUACUUCUUUGAAGGCGCUUUGGAUGGCUUAGAUCCGUCCUCCUGCGUUAUGAUAGGAGAUGAUGCCAAUGAUGACAUUGUGGGCGCCAUGAGCGUGGGCAUGCAGGGAAUACUGGUCAAGACCGGAAAAUAUUUGCCGGAUGUUAGCCCUUCGCCGCCUCCCACUGCGCUGGUGGAAAACUUCUCCGAGGCCGUCGAUUGGAUUAUAGAGAAAAAUAGACUACAAAAGUCUGCUGCUUAAUGAAAUGAUUUUUUUCCUAUAGAUUAUGCUGACUGAUUUUUUGUUUUUAAAUAAUACGUAGUUAAUUUUGUGAAUUUUUGUAUAUUAUUGUUGUUUUUUUAAGGAUAUUAAUAAAAUACGGUUCGACCUUUUGUAAACAGA